UUCUCAGUAACACAAACAUCAAAAAUGGGAUUGGCCAAGAGAUCUCGAGGCACAAAAAAUUUAAUUUGGGGAAAUAAAUAAAUGGUUCAUCAAUUUCACACAACAUUAGCAAGAUUUCAUUGUCCUGUUUUUUUCUGCAACCGUGGAUUAACCGGACCUUGAGUAAAAUGAGCCACUGAACAUCGACCGAUUAACAAGGCUGUUUGUGGUACAGUGCUGCUUCACUGCUGAAGAGCAGCUCUGUCCAUCCAUAAAAAGGAAUAUUUCCAGUUCAUCUUUGUACCAGUCGAGGGAGAUGUCAAGAUGUUAAUUCACAUGAAUAACUGGCCUCUGUGUUUGAGCACAGUCUUCAAUGGGACCUGACUACAAACCAGUUUGUGUUUGUCCUGAUGAGAGAUUGAAAGACUUUUACUUGGUUUCCUCCCAUUGUCAACAUUUCCAGUCUAACUGAAUGAGAUCUUUAGACCUAAUUCAUAAAGUCAAUGUAUAAAUGGUAUACAGUAGGGCCACACAAAAUAAUAACUUCAGUAAAAGAAACGCUACAUGGAAACACGACUUCAGCUUCAUUUAUCUUCAUCCUGAUGCUGAUGUUUGCUGUUGGUUUGGUGCUGUAACCAGCUGCAUUGAAAGGACGCAUACAAAACCAUUUCAACCUGUAAAUACUCCUGUACAAACUUGUAAAUACCAACUGGUCUUAAAUUCUCUAAUAUUUAUUACUUUUUUCUCUCCUUUUCUCCUUUUCAUUGUUAUUAUUAUCAUUAUUAUUACAACUGCUAAAUUCUGUUGUUUUCUUCGUAAUAUAACUGCACUCUCUAUAUGCUCAUGUAAGGCUGAGGAGCACGAGAAAAUGCAUUAUGGAUAAAUGUGGCUACACUGUUUAUCUGUACAUGACAAUAAAACUUGAAACACACUGAAACACAGAGUAGGAAACAGAGCAAAGGACAAAAGGAGAAAAGGAGAGACUAAUACCUCGAAGUGGAAUGUUGGAAAUGUGCAGAAAGAACAAGUUGGUGGGAGGAGCCACUCCUCUCUGUUUUUAUCUCCUAUUUAGUUUGGGAGGAGCCCAGUUUCAGCGUCACAGUGACAUCACUGCUUGGAGCCACAGGCUGGAGUAAAAGCACUGAAACUUUUUCUCUGCAACAGAGGAUCACACCAGUGCAACUCAAAGCUGUGGGUUUAACAUGACUUUGUUAAAAUCAGGCAGAUGCAGGCUGUAGAAUUUAGGGAAAAAGUGAAUAAUGAGUAAGCACAGGUGGACCUGUCUGGUGGGAACUUGUAGUGGUGGUUUGAGGCAUUUUCACGAAGGACUGAAAAGAAAAAGAUAACAAGCUCAGAACAAAAGCCGGUGAUUUCCUGCAGGAUGAUUGUGGCACAAAAAAAUCCGCUACAGUAAAUGCACUUUACUUCUUCCGAGUACUUUCACAGUGACAUCACAUUACACGCAGCACACCCAGAAGAGCUGCAUUCCACAGCUGCACUCCUCUUUCUCCUCCUCCUCCUCCUCAGCUGAGUCCGUAGGUGUGUUUGAGUCACAGCCGUUCAGCUGCUCAGCAGGCCGACCACGAAACAGACUGACAGCCGCGGGACCUUCAGUGAAGCAGAGAGAAACUGAAAUAGAAGGUAAAAGUUGGUGUUGCGUGUGAACAAUGGAGCUGAAGGUGUGGGUGGAGGGUGUGGUCAGAGUUGUUAGUGGCCUAUCACUAAACACUUCCUGUCAGGAUGUCGUCAUAGCUCUCGCACAAGCAAUCGGUCAGACAGGUCGUUACAUUCUCAUUUUGAAGUUACGAGGGAAUGAGAGACACUUGGUUGCUGAUGAUUGUCCACUGCAGCACCUGGCUCAGCUGGGACAGUUGGCCACAGAGGUCCAGUUCGUUCUGCGGAGGACCGGCCCGAGCCUCAGCGAGGGUCCAGACACCUCCGCCAACGAGAGACGUCUUCCACUUUCCAGACCCUCAGAACCAGAGCCCCUCAAACGCAGAGAGCCACAAAAGGCUCUGACAUUUAGUCUGGGUCCCUCAACACUUCCCAAAAGGAAUAAACCAAAGAAGGACUGGUCUCGAUCUCCCAGAUCCUCACCAGAACUGAGGGCCUCACCGGUAUCUUUCCUAGACCCUGUGAACUCCAUGAAGACAAAUCCUUCUUACCCCAAAGACGAGGUGUUUAGGGAUAUUCUGCAGCAACAGAGAAGACUACAGGAUCUGGAGAUUCAGCUUCAAGAUCUGGAAAGAGAGACUGAGUUAUGGGAGCAGAAGUGGUCAUCUCCUGAAGUAACUCUGGCUUUUGCUGAAGAACUGGAGGAACUGCAGUGGAGAGUGAGACAGAAUGAGGUAGAGCUGAUGCAGACGGAAGACUGGGAGAAAGCAUUACAGGCAGAGAUGGAAAGAGAACAAGGUAUGCACAGGCGCCUGGAUCAGAUUCAUUCAUCCAUAAACGAUCAAAGUUACGAAAUCACUACACUCCAAACCCGUUCUGCACAUCUAGAAGAGGACCUGCAAGUCAGAGUCCAAACGCAAAGUUCUCUGACAGCACAGCAAGAUGAGUCCCUGAAGUCCCUGAAGCAGGAGCUCCACAACCGCCUGCAGCUAGGAGAAGAACUCGAUGUAAGACUGGCUGAGUCACAGCAGGAGAUGGAAACGGCUGAGGAAAGGGUAAAGGACAGACUGGAGAUUAUUGAGGAGCUGAACAAAGAGCUGAGGCAAUGUAACUUGCAGCAGUUCAUCCAGCAGACCGGUGUGACCUCACAGACGGAGCAGACAAACCUACCAGUCAACGAUGUUUACCUUAAUAACGCUGGCAUUAGGGAGUAGAAACAGAGGGGGAGCUGUUCACUCCAGCGACUGCAACAAAAUGAAGAAGAAGACGAGACAUU